AUGGUUAAACAAGUACUUCUUUUGGGCUCAGGCUUUGUUGCUAAGCCAACUGUUGACAUUCUUUCUGCUGACAAGAACAUUGAGGUUACUGUUGCUUGCAGAACUUUGGAGAAGGCUCAGCAAUUGGCUGGUUCUGUUGCAAAUGCUAUCUCUUUGGACGUCAAUGAUGAAAAGGCUUUGUCUGACGCCGUUUCCAAGUUUGAUUUAGUGAUUUCCUUGAUUCCAUACAUCUACCAUCACUUGGUUGUGAAGGCUGCUAUUGCCCACAAGAAGCAUGUGGUAACCACUUCAUACAUCAACCCCAAAUUGAAGGAAUUGGAACCCCAGAUUCGUGAGGCCGGUAUUACCGUCAUGAACGAGAUUGGUUUGGAUCCCGGUAUUGAUCACUUGUAUGCUGUGAAGACUAUGGAGGAGGUUCACAAGGCUGGUGGUAAGAUCAAAUCCUUUUUGUCUUACUGCGGUGGUUUGCCUGCCCCAGAGGCUUCUGGUAACCCAUUAGGCUACAAAUUCUCCUGGUCUUCCCGUGGUGUUUUGUUGGCUUUAUCUAACUUUGCUAAGUACUGGCAGGAUGGCCAGGUCGUGGAUGUUAAGUCUGAGGACUUGAUGGCCACCGCCAAGCCUUACUUUAUCUACCCUGGUUUUGCUUUUGUUUGUUACCCAAACAGAGACUCCACCACUUACAAGGAAUUGUACAGUAUUCCAGAGGCCGAGACUGUCAUUAGAGGUACUUUGAGAUACCAAGGCUUCCCUGAGUUCAUCAAGGUUCUCGUCGACUUGGGUUUCUUGAAGGAAGCCGAACUUCCAGCUUUCCAAAAGGCACAGCCAUGGAAAGAGGCUUUGGCUCAAUUGAUUGGUUCUUCUUCUUCUUCUGAACAAGAUAUUAUUGCUAAAAUUUCCGAAUUGACCAACUUCAAGAGCGAAGAGGACAAGGAAAGAAUUAUUUCGGGCUUCAAAUGGUUGGGUCUCUUGUCUGACAAGCAGACCACCCCAAGGAAGAAUGCAUUGGAUACCUUGUGUGCUACCUUGGAGGAGUUGUGCCAGUAUGAAGAGGGUGAGAGAGACAUGGUUUGCUUGCAACAUAAAUUUGGUAUCGAAUGGGCUGAUGGUACCCAGGAGACCAGAACUUCCACCUUAGUGGAUUACGGUGACCCUAAGGGUUACUCUUCGAUGGCAAAAUUGGUUGGCGUGCCUUGUGCUAUUGCUGUCCAGCAGAUCUUCGACGGUACUUUGUCUAAGAAGGGUUUGUUGGCUCCAAUGACAGGGGACAUUAAUGAACCUAUCAUGAAGGCCUUGAAGGAUGACUACGGUAUCUUCUUGGUUGAGAAGACCGUUGCUUAG